UCCCACAAUCCCCUGCCUGAAGUGAAAGCGGUUUGAGCAAGCUAUAGAGAAGCGAGCAUUCAACAACUUUUACACUCUGUUCUAGCUUUAGAUAAAGAACUGUUUUUUUGGAUAUGGGUGACCCUGUGGCAGAGUACACUACCCGGCUCCAAAACCAGGAGAAGGAGAUCGAGUGUCUCCGGGCCGUGGUGGAGAGUCUGAAGAAAGAGACGGGGUUCACGUCGCCGGCGCUGGAGGAGCUCAGGGAGGAGAACACCAGGCUGAAAUAUCGUCUCAACAUCCUCAAAAGGAGUAUACAAGAGAACGGCUGCAGCAGCAAGAGCAUGACCAACAUCAACCAGAGACUUCAGGAGAUCUUUGGGCGUGCCAUCAGCGUGGCGUACCCCGACCUGGAGGACCCGCCGCUCUCCGUCGCGCCCAACCAGCAGCCCAAGUUUGGAGAUUACCAGUGCAAUAGUGCCAUGGCCAUGUCUCAGAUGAUGAAGGGAAGAGGUUUGAAGGUCAGCCCCAGGGAGAUCGCCGAGAAGAUUACGCAAAACAUUCCAGACAACGAACUCAUCGAGAGAACGGAAAUCGCCGGACCAGGUUUCAUUAACAUUCAUCUCAAGAAGUCGUUCGUGUCCAAGCUGCUCACCAACCUGCUUCUGAGCGGCGUGCAGCCUCCGGCGCUCAACAAGAAAAAGAGGGUAAUUAUCGACUUCUCUUCUCCAAACAUCGCAAAGGAGAUGCACGUCGGUCACUUGCGCUCCACCAUCAUCGGGGACAGCAUGUGUCGUCUCUUCGAGUAUUUAGGCCAUGAUGUCUUAAGGUUAAACCAUGUGGGCGAUUGGGGCACGCAGUUCGGGAUGCUCAUCGCUCACUUACAGGACAAGUUCCCGAAUUACCUGAGUGUUUCCCCGCCCAUCGGAGACCUUCAGGCUUUUUACAAAGAGUCUAAGAAGCGCUUCGAUGAAGACGAGGAGUUUAAGAAGAGAGCGUAUCAGUGCGUCGUCAGGCUGCAGAGCAAAGAGCCGGACUUCAUCAAGGCUUGGAAUCUGAUCUGUGACGUGUCUCGGAAAGAGUUCCAGAGGGUCUACGACUGCCUGGGCAUCCGUAUUUUGGAGCGCGGGGAGUCGUACUACCAGGAUAUGAUGACGGAAGUGGUGAAGGAGUUUGAGGAUGAAGGCCUGGUGCAGAUGGACGAGGGCAGGAAGAUCGUAUUCCCCCCUGAUCAGACCAUCCCUUUGACGGUGGUGAAGUCGGACGGCGGGUACACGUACGACACGUCGGACCUCGCCGCGAUACGUCAGCGCCUCUUCGACGAGAAGGCUGACAUCAUCAUAUACGUCACAGACAGCGGACAGGCCAUGCACUUCCAAGUGGUGUUUUCUGCGGCGAGACUGAUCGGCUGGUACGACCCCAACGUCACGCGAGUGGAGCACGCAGGCUUUGGGGUGGUCCUGGGAGAGGACAAGAAGAAAUUUAAAACCCGCUCGGGAGACACGGUCAGGCUAAUGGACUUGCUGGAAGAGGGUUUGAAGCGAUCCAUGGACAAGCUUAAAGAGAAAGAGAGAGAUAAGGUUUUGACGCCGGAGGAGCUGAUCAAGGCCCAGCGCGCCGUCGCCUUCGGCUGCAUCAAGUACGCCGACUUGUCGCACAACCGCAUCAAUGACUACGUCUUCUCCUUCGACAAGAUGCUCGACGACAGGGGCAACACCGCCGCUUACCUGCUCUACGCCUUCACACGCAUCAGGUCCAUAGCCAGGCUGGCCAACAUCGAAGAAGCGGCCCUGCGCAAAGCGGCCGAGACGUGUGAAAUCGUCCUGGAGCACGAGAAGGAAUGGAAACUGGGCAAGUGCAUCCUGAGAUUUCCCGAGAUCCUGCAGAAGAUCCUGGACGACCUGCUGCUUCACACGCUGUGCGACUACCUGUACGAGCUGGCCACCACCUUCACCGAGUUCUACGACAGCUGCUACUGCGUGGAGAAGGACCGACAGACGGGAGAGGUGGUGAAAGUGAACAUGUGGAGGAUGCUCCUGUGCGAGGCUACGGCUGCCGUCAUGGCCAAAAGCUUCGACAUCCUGGGCCUUACCCCGGUCCAGAGGAUGUGAAGGACACCUCGAGCACACAACCUUUAAUUAACCUCUCAUUGAGUUUGUACCAUAAACCAAAUAAAAUCCAAAAGGCUUUAACCUGG